AUGAAGUUCUCUCUCUAUGCCUUGAGCCUGCUGGCAUCCGCCUCUGCCAUUGAGUUGACGGCUGACAACUAUGACGAGAUGACGGCUGGAAAGACCGUGUUCCUCAAGUUUUUUGCUCCUUGGUGCGGCCACUGCAAGAAACUCAAGCCCGAUUGGGACAAGCUCAUGGACGAGUUUAAUGACUCGACGACCCAACUGGUGGCGGACGUGGACUGCACCGCGGAGGGCAAACCUCUCUGCGAUGCCAAUGGCGUGCGUGGAUACCCCACCCUCAAGUGGGGUGAUCCGGCUGCCUUGGAAGACUACCAGGGUGGACGCGAUCUCAAGACGUUGAAGACUUUUGUCAAGGACAAGUUGGUGCCCAUGUGCUCUCCUGCCAAUUUGGAUCUUUGUGAUGACGACAAGAAGGCCGAAAUCAAAAAAUUCAUGGACAUGUCCGAUGACGAUCUCGAUAAACUCGUCGAAGGCAAGGAAAAGGAAAUGGCCGAUGCCGAAGCUGAAUUCAAGACUUUUGUCGAAGGACUCCAGGAGUCGUACCAGGAGGGUAUGAAGAAGAAGGAUGAUACCCUCGAUGCCAUCAAGGAAUCCGGAUUGGGACUCAUGAAGGCUGUCAAGGUCGCCAAGAAGAAAAAGGGAGGCAAGGAUGAGUUGUGA